CCACUUUCCCGCCAAGCCAAGGUUACAAGGCAUUACAUGCAUGGCGUCGGGAUGUCGUUUCGAGGGCUGCGCCUGACCUUCCGCACGGCACUGGCAUCCCUUGCUGCGUAUAAGAUCCGAUCAUCCUUAGCAUGUUUGACGAUGUGAUUUGAUAAUAAACCUGCUGUCUAUACAUCUUUGGCUUCAUACCGGAGAAACCCAAGGCUCUACUCUUGGCAUCGGACUAGCUCUCGUGAAGAUCUUAUUGCAAGAUGGCACAGCAAUUUACGGAGGUUCGCAAGGAGUGCCCGACUUGCAAGUACAGCUGGCUGGACAAGUAUGGCAAGAACGAGUGUCCCAAAUGUCUUCAUCCCUUGAUGGGAGGUGGGGCUGUGCCCAAGCGGCAGCCCGGGGAGGUGUCUACCUUUAAGUCAAAGGCCAGCGAUGCUUGUGAAAGCGCGAGCGGGGAUUGCCCUAAAGGGGGCCAGCAUACCUGGAAGUUCGGCAAGUGCAGCAAGUGUGGGGCAGGCGAGGGCUAUGGCAAGACUAUUUCCCCCGGAAGCUCCAAGCACGGCUUGUGCUCCGAUGGCCAGAAGCACGCCUUUAAGUUCGGCAAGUGCUCCAAGUGCGGCAAGGCCGAGUUUUAAAGGGCAAGUUAAGCGUUAUCGAUACAUGGACCAGCUGUCUGAGUGGCGCAUCGUCUUCACAACAGAGAAUGCUCAAUCAGUUGCUUGUGCGACGAUUGGCGGUUUCAGAGCAAUGGCAUGCGCUGCCUCUGCUGCUUGAAUCCGGCGCUUCGAAACAAAGCGCACUUGAUGCUAUGUGCCAUGGCGGCGAGUAGAGCAUCUCGGUGUUUUUAAAGAGGUGUAUGGUCACCAUUACUGAUCCUGGUUACGGUGUACAGGCCGAGACGGAUUGGCGGGUAGUUUUGACUGCUGUGCUGCAAGAGCAAAAGGUUUACAGCCCUGCCAGUCAAGAGAUUUUUGCCCUGCCAGUUCGCAUAUGGCGCUUUAGGUGCCGUUCAUACUCUUGGAAUUAACUGAUAAAGCUGCUGCAGGGUAACCUGUUGGCUGUCAAAGUGGUAUCACUAUGGAUGUAUAUUGUGUUUGUGUCAGCGGAGCGAGCCGGCAUGCAGGCGGGUCCAGCAGGCGCGAUGAGCUGUAUAGUGGUCUGUCGCAUAACACGACGUCGCACAUUCCCAUAUUUUGGGAUAAUCUAUUAUAUGGCGUACAUAUACCAGGUAUAACAAUGUGUAUUCAUGCGGCGGACGGACAGAUGGGCAGACAGAAAUGAGGGCACCAAACCCAUAUAAUGAUGGUCUGGCAUAUCCCCUUUUGGCGUGGGCCUGAGAAGGGAGCCAAUCAAAGUUUAAUAACUGUGCCAUGGCGUGCCGUACAAUGGACACAGUUUAAGCCACACCAUCGGGCGUUGCUGUGGACGGAAUCUAAUUGGUUUGGGAAUGUGCGAUGCCUGCGCGUAUGUUUGUUUGUACAUAUGUUUGCCGAGGAAUGCUGGUCUUUAGUUUGUGUACAUGCUUGCCUUUACG